GAAGCUUCCUGCAGCUCUCCUUUUUUUUUUCUUCUUCUUUCCCGAAUCCCGAAGCAUCCUGUGCUCCCAUCUUUCUUCCUUCCCUUCUUUUUCUUUUCCCCGUAGCUCUUCCCCUCUCUUUUCUUCUCCUCCUUCUGCUCUCUUCUCUUCUUCCUCUCACCUUCCCACUCUUCUCCCGUGAGCACAAAAGGAGGAAGAUCCCAAAAUGGAGCUUGGGGAAACCCCACGGCGGAGAGGGAGCUCGGGAGGAGAACCCAUGGUGGAAAGGGAGCUUGGGGAAAAUGGCCCGAGGCCGGCGGCGCCGGCGACAUCCAAAGCUCGGCCUCCUCCUCCUCUUUUCCGUGAACACAAGGGAGCGGUCCCUCGCCAGAGUGCUUGGGAGGCCCAGGCCGAGACCGGCGGCACCCGCCGUAGCUGGCCCUUCCCACGGAGGAGACGCACGGUGGUAUCAGAGCGGGAUGAAUUCCUUCCAGCAACAAGUUCCUAAGUUAUCAAAGGAUAAGUAUGGUUCAUGGUGUAUCCAAAUGAAAGCCUUGUUUGGAUCUCGAGAUCUUUGGGAAACCAUUAACAAUGGUUUUGUGGAACCCACUGAUGAGCAAGAGGCUGCAUAUACAACAGAUGAGAAGAAGGCUAUUAGGGAGCAGAGGAAGAAGGAUAAAAAAGCUUUGUUUAUACUCUAUCAAGGGUUGGACGAAGCUACCUUCGAAAAGGUUGCCGAAGCAACAACAAGCAAAGAAGCAUGGGAGAUUCUAGUUUCCAUCUUUAAAGGAGAUGAUCGAGUGAAGCGGAUUCGCCUCCAAGCAUUGCGAGGCGAGUUUGAAGCUCUCCACAUGAAGGAUGGCGAAUCGGUGUUGGAUUAUUUUUCACGGUUGCUAAUAAUUGUGAAUGGCUUGAAGAGAAAUGGUGAGAAGCUAGAUGACAUUCGUGUUGUCGAGAAGGUACUCCGAUCCCUUUUCUCUAACUUUGAGCAUGUAGUUGUAGCUAUCGAAGAGUCUAAGGACUUGGAGAUACUUACAAUUGAAGAAUUAUUGGGUUCACUACAAGUACAUGAGCAAAGGAUGCAGAAGAAAUCCAAUCCAGCUGUAUUGAAACAAGCAUUAGAGUCAAAACUGACUCUAAAUGAUCAAAGAAAAUCUACCUCCAACCGUGGUCGAGGCAGAGGCCGAGGGCGUGGUACUCCUCAACAAUCAAGCCAAAAUCAGCAGGAGAAUCAAAGCUUUAGAAGUCGAGGACGAGGAUGAGGCCGUUACUGUGGUAGAGGAAGAUCCUAUGGACAUGGAGCCAAUAGGAAUGUCCAAUGUUAUAAUUGCAAUAAUUUUGGACACUACGCGUCCGAUUGUUGGUCCAAAAUUGAUGAACAAGCCAAUGUUGCAGAGGCAUCACAUGAUGCAGGUAAUGAAUCUAUCCUACUUCUUGCACAUGAUGAUUCACAUAUUCAUAUGAAAAUUGGUAUCUUGAUUCUGGGGCAAGUAAUUAUAUGUGUGGCAAGAAAGAAUUGUUUGUAGAACUCACGAAAGAAGUCCACGGAAAGGUGAACAUGGGAGAUUCCUCCAAACUAUCAGUUGAAGGCAAAGGAAAAAUAAAAAUCUAUCAGAAGGAUGGUAAGAAUGGGUAUAUCUCUGAUGUGUAUUAUGUACCUAAUAUGAAAAGCAAUAUUCUUAGCAUUGGACAGCUUGUAGAAAAGGGAUAUAACAUACAAAUGAGAGACAACCCUCUCAUUUUGACAGAUACAAGUGGAAGAAUCAUCGCAUAUAUUCCGAUGACCCAAAAUCGUAUGUUCCCACUUCAUCUCAACACAAAGUCAGAGCAAUGCUUCUAUGGACUCAAAAAAAGUGAGUCAUGGAAGUGGCAUCAUCGUCUUGGGCAUCUUCACUUUAGCGGUCUAAAACUGCUAUCUUCAUCAAGCAUGGUGCAUGGGUUACCAAUGAUUGAGCCGCCAAGUAACACUUGUGAUGUAUGUAUACUUGGCAAACAAGCAUGGCUUCCUUUUUCCAGCGGCAAAUCAUGGAGAGCAACGGCACCACUUCAAUUGAUCCACACUGACAUAUGUGGACCUAUUGAACCUGAGUCGCUAGGAGGUAAUAGAUACUUUAUUACUUUCAUUGACGACUUCAGCAGAAAAUUAUGGGUUUAUUUUCUUAAAGAAAAGUCAGCUGCUUUUGUUGUAUUCAAAAAUUAUAAAGCCCAUGUAGAAAAAGAAAGUGGUCACAAAAUUGUAACUCUCCGUUUUGAUCGAGGUGGAGAAUAUACCUCAAAAGUAUUUAAUGAGUAUUGCAGGGAAGAAGGCAUAAAGCAUCAAUAUACAGUGGCAUACACCUCACAGCAAAAUGGGAUCGCUGAAAGAAAGAAUCGUACUAUUCUUAAUAUGACAAGAACUAUGCUCAAGGAGAAAGAAUUGCCAAAGCAAUUCUGGGCGGAAGCUGUGGCGUGCUCAACAUAUGUGCUGAACCGAUGUCCUACCAAAAGUGUGAAGCACAUGACACCUCAAGAGGCGUGGAGCGGCUACAAACCAACUAUUGCACACCUAAGAAUUUUUGGGUGUAUUGCAUAUUCUCAAGUUCCCAAGCCCAACAGAAAAAGCUGGAUGAUCGUGGUGAGAAAUGCAUCUUUCUUGGCUAUAAUGAAGAAUCGAAAGCAUACAAGCUCUAUAAUCCACUAACAAAGAAAUUAGUGGUUCGUAGAGAGAUUAUCUUUGAUGAAGAUAAAGCAUGGAGCUGGAAUGAUGAUGAGAAAGCCAAAGAGCAGCAAGUGUUUGAAGAACUUGAAGAACCCCCAACACAAGUUCCACCAAGUAUACCACCAUCUCCUCAACAUGACACCUUCUCCUAGAAGAAACUCACCAUCUUCAACAGAAAGCAGUAGCAACAGAUCUUCCAUACACCAGAGUUCCAUCAAAAUGAGAAGUCUCGCGGAGAUUUAUAAUCAAAGAGAAGAAGACAAAGAGGCCAACCUCUUCUGUUUAUAUGCUGAUCAUGAACCUCUCACUUUCCAAGAAGCUGUAGAAGAAGAAUGUUGGCGAUCAGCAAUGGAGGAGGAGAUUCAUGCUAUUCAGAAGAAUGACACGUGGAAGUUGACAAAACUUCCAAUAAAUCAAAAGGCUAUUGGUGUCAAGUGGGUAUACAAGAUCAAACGUACUGCUGAGGGAGAAGUUUCUCGUUACAAGGCGAGACUAGUUGUUAAAGGCUACAAGCAGAAGUACGGCAUCGACUACGAAGAGGUUUUUGCACUAGUUGCAAGACUUGACACGGUGAGAUUAUUGAUUGCACUUGCCGCUCAUCAUAAUUUGAAAAUAUAUCAGCUUGAUGUCAAAUCAGCUUUUCUAUAUGAUAUUCUUGAAGAAGUGUAUGUUAACCAGCCAGAAGAAAGCAAGGUGUACUGCCUGAAAAGGCAUUAUAUGGUUUAAAGCAGGCGCCAAGAGCUUGGAAUGCACGUAUUGAUAGCUAUCUUCAUCUGAAUGGCGUCACCAAAUGUCCAUAUGAGCAUGCAG